AUGGCGGCUCGGGAGCGCGCGGAGAUGAUGGCGGCCUCGGAGCGCAGGCUCCCGAGUCCCGAGGCGUUCGUGGGCCAGUCUUGGAGCAGCUGGAUCGAGCGGGCGGAAGCGCUGCGGCUGUCGGACGAAUCGGAGGACAGUGGCAAAGAUGUGAGAAAGAAGAUUGAAACAAUGAGGCUCAUUAGAGAAGAUAUGCCGAUCUUUGGUCAUUGUCCAGCCCAUGAUGAGUUCUUCCUUGUGGUGUGUAACCAAUGUGGACAGGUAGUUAAACCUCAGGCAUUCCAGAUGCACUGUGAGAGAAGACAUGGGUCUCUGAACAAACUGUCAGCACGAAGACCUCCUGCCUUGAAUUCCCCAAACUCUAUUGUCCUGCAGAAAUCGCGAUAUAACAGUGUCCAAACUACUGUGACCGCUAACCAUGGCACCAGUUCCUCCAAAGAGAAGCUACAGAGCCCUGGUAGCAAGGUGCUACAGUUAGACGUGCCUUCAAAGGGACCAAAAGAAAAUCUCUGCUUGUUUGUUCCUGUGGUGAACCUGGAAAAGAUCCCGACUCUCAGAAAGACAGACAGCUCCUGCAUCAAGCUGAGCUCCAAGCUCCCAGCUGUUUCCUUGUCCCCACCCGAUCCCACUUUGGCUCCCAGUAAACCCAGUCCGGUCCCCGUCCUUGAUUCUGCAACAAAGGCGAUGGCAGCGAGCACAGUCCUGAAGGUGGCCGAUUCUCUACAGCCAUCUGCGGUAAUUCAGAACGGUAAAGGGCAGCGGUCUCCCGUGCUGGAGGAGCCAACACUCAGUAACAGGAAAAACAGCCAUAAAAUCCACCGAAGAAUUGUAGAGAAAGAAAGUGACCUCAAUAAGCACUGCAGCGUCAUGGACCCAAACACCAAGAAACACUGCACACGUUCAUUAACUUGUAAGACGCACUCGUUGACACAGAGGAGGAGUGUGCCGGGACGCCGACUUGCCUUUGAUGAGUUGCUGGCAGAACAUCGGGCAAGUUUGAAGAACAAGGAGACUGGUAAAGAGAGAAAGCUACAGGUUAAGGAGACAGCGCCAGUCUCUCCAGGGCAGGAGGCCACUCUGGGUUCGGCGAUGUUGGGGAUCGCUCCAAACCGGCCAAAGAUUUCCGGUUGCUCUGGUUCAAGAGCUUCUUUACAAAGUGAGCUGACUGAAGAUGAGAGACCCCAUUCUGAUCCUGUGCCACAUCCUGAGCUCCCCUACCCUUUGUUCAGGUUUGAGAUAAACAGCCGGCUAUCGAGCGAGGAGAGUGAUGGAGAAAUGACAGAAGAGUCUGAGAAGCUGGAUUGUCACUAUUCACGCUUUCAUCCAAAGCCUCUGGCAUUCUGCACUUUCGGAAGCCGGAUGAUCAGUCGGGGUUGUUACGUCUUCAACAGGCGCUUUGAUCGUUUCCGUGUGGCCCUGAAUUCCAUGGUGGAAAAGCACCUCAAUUCUCAGAUGUGGAGAAAGAUUCCUCCAGCCACGGAUCCACAGAGAACGCCACUUGCUGCCCCACCUCCGGCCCCCUCGGCAUUUUCUCUCCCAUCUAUUUCAUCUGUUUCGGGAUCUUUGCCCGCCUCAGCUUCUUCCAUGGGCAUGGAACUGAAAGCAGCAUCCUUGCCUGCCAGCCUCACUGGAGCUCGAGCCCCUCCAGAGCCACCUUCUGCCUGCUGCCGCUCACUCCCUCCACUGACCCUUCCAGCUCGCAUCCCCUCUCCCUCUUCCAGUAGAACACCCUGGGCCAAGAGCACCCGGGCACCUGGGUUUCACCUGGAGCCCCGUUCCACUGGCGAGACAUCUCCGGGCAAACGCAAGAAAUCGGGGGCUGCUACCUGUAACCCGCCCCCUCCCUCGGAUAACCCCCUCAAAAGAAACUGCGUGUUGAGUCUGGAUAGGAUAAGUGCUCCUCCCCCUGGUGGGGCAGCCUCACACCCCCCUCACUCAAAUACCUCUUCGCACAGGGUGAGCAACGGACUGAGCGCCAAUGGGCCCAAAGCAGGACGCGCAGGAUCGACCGCAAUUCUGGGCCUUUCAGGGAACUCCCUUAAAGGGAACAGCAGGACAGUGGAACACUUUGAUCCCAAAAAGGAGGUCCACCUAAGUGAGGCAAGGCGGCUAGGAGGUCACAACCCAACGUCCCCCCUACCGACCCCCACCUCCCCGGCACAGACCGAGGGCAGGAAACGGAAGAAUGCAGCCUCCUGCUCGAAACCCACAAAAAUAGCCAAGGCCCCUGAUGUCGGCGGUGCUCAGAGGAAGAGAGAGGAGAGCCUGGCAACGACGCAACCUCACAGCAACUCUCACCCACACAAGGCAAAAGUGCGGCCCUGAGAACAAGUUGGUCUUAGUUUCACGGUGAUUUGGAACCCGGAGAUUUCCGUCCAUCAGUCGCCACUUCCAGACCUUCACUCUCACAAACUGGACACAGUCCAGGAUGUCGGGACCCGCGCGGUGCCACAGGCUGUUUAUGCACAAAUCAAAGCAGGCACUCGCACUAGUCGCCUUAUUCGGUAUGAACUGUUUUGUCGACCUUUGUGUCUGUAGCAGGAGUCACUGCACCUUGUCGUCCAUUUGUUUUGUUUGUUCUCUGCUCCUGAUCUCUCCACUCUGAGGUUACGCCUUCGUGUUUGCUUGACACGGCAUCCUUGCUCUGCACCAGUGGGAAGGGGAGCAGUUUACAAAUGCUUACCAAAUCGCCGGUGAGAUGCACGUCAAGUGAUUUGGCCUCCAGAGCAGUGGAGAGUGAAGGGAAGUGUUCCCACCGCAUCUUCAGUCUGGGUGCCCAGCAGCGGGCCCAGAUCUCCUCAUGGCAUGUGCCUUCUCCCUCUCCCCUCCAGCACCUACCCCCCAUAUUCUCCUAAAGGCACUGACCCACAUCAGGGGUUGAUCACAUAGGUGCUGGACACCUAUUGGGUACCUUCUCCUGGGAGCCACUCCUCUCAAGUGACUCCUAAGUGCUUAACCAUCAUGGUCAAAAGCAAGAGCCAACCCUGUACCCAGUCCAGCAGUGUAUCGCUCUUGCUCCUGUAGUGCCCACAUUGGGCACUGCCCAUUCCCCACAUUGAGCAGCCUGGGAGAGGGGUGAAGGUUAAGGGAGAAGGACAAUGUCUGUCACUGACUUGACGUUCUUACUGAAUUGGAAAAACCUGAAUGUGUCAACCACAAACCCAAGAGUCAGGAGAAAGAUGACACACAGGAUCUGGAGAUGAACGGGCUGCUUUUCUUUCCCCAUUUCUUGACAUGUUAUACAUUGAAGAAGCCAUGGUGUCAUGAUUUCCCAGAAUGCAAGUCUGCCAAGGAAGAUUCCUUUUCAAAAAUCUCCUCUUGCAUGUACAAUCCUGACAGACUGCGAUAGGAUCCUUGCAAGGCAAAGAAUGGUUUGAUCUCUGGUAACUAUAAUAAUUUUUGCUGUUGAAGCCUGGUUGCAAAUAAUACCUUGGCUAACUGCUGCUUGGUGAUGGUGUCACCGUCAGUGACCCUGGAAUUGCGUUAAUUCUAGAAGCAUUUUAUUAACUACCUGCCCCUUCACUGCAGCUGAAGUCAUCUGAAAGUUCUAGCUCUGUCAUACAAACUGCCCGCCUGCUACUGGGUGACAUUGCCCACAUGCAUUUUGUUAAAGUGCAUUACCUAAGAUUGUACAUUGGCUCUUUGAGGUAUUUUUCGUUAUUCAUUCACGGGAUGUCGGUAUUACUGGCUAGGCCACCAUUUGAUGCCCGUUCCUAAUUGCACAAAAGACAGUUAAGAAUCA